UUGAACAAAACAAACGGACAAAAGGUAGAAGAGAAAUAUCCGAUUUUUUGACAUUCGAGUCGGUAAAGAAUGCUCGAUUUUCAUUGAGGAUAAAAAGCUGGGAAGCGGAUGCGAGUGCAUUUGGACUCGACAGCGUCUUUAUUAGACGUUGGAGAUGAAGUUUACUAGCAGUUUGGAUUACGGAACCAUGGAAAAACGAGCCAAGCUGCUGCUCUCGCUGUUCUUCAUCAUGUCGAAGUUGUGUCUCAGUGAGCACCAGGUCCUCCGGAUCGGGGGCAUAUUUGAAACUCGGGAGAAUGAGCCAGUGAGCGUGGACGAGUUAGCCUUCAAAUUUGCUGUUACCAGUAUCAACCGAAACAGAACACUAAUGUCAAACACCACACUGACCUACGACAUCCAAAGAGUGAACUUUUUUGACAGCUUUGAAGCCUCCCGUAGAGCAUGUGAUCAGUUAGCUCUAGGGGUUGCUGCAGUGAUUGGUCCUGCUCACAGUUCUUCAGUCAGUGCGAUUCAGUCCAUCUGUAAUGCACUGGAAGUCCCUCACAUUCAGACCCACUGGAAACAUCACUCUGUGGACAACAAGGACUCCUUCUUUAUAAAUCUCUAUCCAGAGCACAGCUCCAUCAGCAGGGCCAUUUUGGAUGUUGUGACCUACUAUAAGUGGAAAACUAUAACAGUUGUCUAUGAAGACAGCAUAGGCCUGAUGCGCAUGCAGGAGGUGAUCAAAGCACCAUCCAAGAAUGGUAUGAAGGUGCGUAUUCGGCAGCUGCCCACAGGGAGCAGUGACGCUCGCCCACUUCUCAAGGAGAUGAAGAAGGAGCAGGAGUUUUAUGUCAUUUUUGACUGCUCCUAUCAAAUGGCCUCUGAGCUGCUUAAACAGCUAAUGUCAAUGGGGAUGAUGACUGAAUACUACCAUUUUUUCUUCACUACUUUGGAUCUUUUUGCACUUGACCUGGAGCCAUACCGAUACAGUGGUGUGAAUAUGACUGCUUUCCGCCUGCUAAACCUGGACAACCCCAAUGUUGCAUCUGUUGUUCAGAAAUGGAGUGCGGAUUGGCAGUUUGCCCCAUACAGACCUGAAAGUAGCCUGAUGAGUGGCAUGAUGACUACGUCAGCUGCUCUCAUGUACGAUGCUGUGUUCAUGGUUGCCGUGGCAUCCCAGCGGGCCAGUCAGAUGACAGUGAGCUCUCUGCAGUGCCACAGGCACAAACCGUGGCGGUAUGGACCCCGCUUCAUGAACCUGUUUAAGGAGGCUCAAUGGGACGGACUGACAGGACGCAUUGUCCUUAACAAGACUGAUGGACUGAGGAGAGACUUUGAUUUGGACCUCAUCAGCCUUAUGGAGGAAGGGACAACAAAGAUUGGGGUGUGGAAAUCAUACACUGGUUUUAACUUGACGGAAACAAGGGACAGCUCUAAUAACAUCACAGAUUCUCUGACCAACAGAACUUUGAUUGUUACCACAAUUCUGGAGAACCCGUAUGUAAUGUAUAAGAAGUCUGAUAAAGUGCUUUAUGGGAAUGAUCGCUUUGAAGGCUUCUGUUUGGAUCUGCUGAAGGAGCUCUCCAACAUUCUGGGAUUCAGCUAUGAAGUCAGGCUGGUGUCAGAUGGCAAGUACGGUGCCCAAAAUGAUAAGGGGGAAUGGAACGGAAUGGUCAGGGAGCUCAUUGACCAUGUAGCUGAUCUGGCUGUGGCCCCUUUGACCAUCACUUAUGUGCGAGAAAAAGUAAUAGAUUUUUCUAAGCCGUUUAUGACCCUAGGUAUUAGUAUCUUGUACCGUAAACCCAAUGGCACCAACCCAGGAGUCUUCUCUUUCCUCAACCCCCUCACCCCAGACAUCUGGAUGUAUGUGCUGUUGGCAUGUUUGGGAGUCAGCUGUGUUCUCUUCAUUAUUGCUAGGUUCACACCAUACGAAUGGUAUAACCCUCAUCCUUGCAAUCCUUCAUCAGAUGUAAUGGAAAACAACUUUACAUUAUUAAAUAGUUUGUGGUUUGGAGUUGCAGCACUCAUGAGGCAAGGGUCAGACCAGAUGCCCAAGGCUUUAUCCACCAGAAUUGUUGGGGGUAUUUGGUGGUUCUUCACACUAAUCAUCAUAUCAUCCUACACCGCAAACCUGGCUGCAUUUCUGACUGUGGAGCGGAUGGAUGCUCCAAUCGAUUCAGCUGAUGAUCUAGCCAAGCAGUCUAGAAUAGAAUAUGGAGCAGUGAGAGACGGUUCCACCAUGACUUUCUUUAAGAAGUCAAAGAUCUCAACAUACGAGAAGAUGUGGGCAUUCAUGAGCAGCAGGAAGAACACGGCCCUGGUGAAGAACAAUAAAGAGGGUAUCACACGUGUUCUCACCACAGACUACGCCCUCCUCAUGGAGUCCACCAGCAUAGAAUACAUUAGCCAGAGAAACUGUAACCUCACACAGGUUGGGGGACUCAUAGACUCCAAAGGCUAUGGAGUAGGAACACCUAUAGGUUCACCUUACCGGGACAAGAUGACCAUUGCUAUUCUGCAGCUGCAGGAGGAGGGCAAGCUCCACAUGAUGAAGGAGAAGUGGUGGAGGGGGAAUGGCUGCCCUGAGGAGAACAACAAGGAGGCCAAUGCCUUGGGAGUAGAGAACAUUGGGGGCAUCUUCAUUGUGCUUGCUGCUGGCCUUGUUCUCUCUGUUUUUGUGGCAAUUGGAGAGUUCGUCUACAAAUCUCGCCAGAACAGUGAUGUUGAGGAGGCAUUUUGCUUCUAUUAUGGGGUUCAGUCCCGGCAGCUGCAGAGACGUGAUUCACCGUCACUCACUGGCACAUCCAAAUCCACAGAUUUAGAGAGUGGGCACCUUCUUGAGGAUGAUGUGUGCUCCUUGCAUUGAUCACUCCCACUCUCACCUCAGUAGCUUUUGAAGGGUGCAUUUUUUUCAGCGAGCUAAUGGAGGAGCUUGGAGUCUCCUUCAGGUGUCGGAAAGCAAUGAGGAAUAGAAGACCACGC